AUGGAGAGCCCAAUUUCCCCUCUUAAGAACAGCCCCGUGAGGUUUGUCGCUCCAGGUGCAGCAACAAACCCAACAGCAGCAGCAGCAGCAGCAGCAGCAGCAGCAGCAGCAGCACCAGCACCAGCACCAGCCGCAGCGGCAAUGGGGAAGGUGCAAAAGAAGAGCAGCAGCAGCAGCAGCAGUCCGCUGCAGGACUCAGCUUCUGCUGCGCAUAUUUUUGAAGCCGCAGCAGAUCGUCUGCAGCAGCAGCACCAGCAGCAGCAGCAGCAGCAAAGAGGAAAACAUGCUGCUGCUCUCUCCCGCCUGGAUGAAACUAUGGCAUCUCGCCGCAGCGCAGCAGCAGCAGCAGUGGCGCCGGCGGCCCCCACAGCAGCAGCAGCAGCAGGGAAGGUGCAGCAGACAGAACAGCAACAGCUGCUGCAGCGGCAGCAGCUGUUGCAGCAACAGCAGGAGCAGCAGCAGCAGCAGGCACAAGUUGUCCUGAGGCUGCAGCAGCAAGUCAGGGACCUGCAGCAGCAACUGCAGCAGCAGCAACGCGCUAAGCAGGGUCAGAUGCAGCAGGAAGAGAGCUCUUUGGGUUCGCAGAAGGAGGCGCCGCGGCUGCCGCAGCUGCAGCAGCAGCACGAGGAGCUGCUGCAGCAGCACCAGCAGCUGCAGCAGCAGCAUUCAGCAAUGGCCGGUGCGCUGCAGGCAGCCAUUGGCAAGUACAAGAGUUUGAAGGAGGAGCAGCAGCAGCAGCAGAAUGAGCAGCAGCAGCAGCAGCACCUGCUGCGGACAGCACAGGAGAAGCUUCGCCAUGAGAUGGAGCAGCGCGAGGCAUCUGCUGCUGCUGCUGCAGCUGCUUCACAAGAAGAGCGUCUUGUGCUUCAGCAGCAGCUGGAAGAGCAACAGCAGCAACUGCAGCAGCGACAGCAGGAGCUGGAGCACCAACAGCAGCAGCUGCAGCAGUUUGAAAAGCAGAAGCAGCAGCUGCAGAUGCAGCUGCAGCAGUAUGAAAAGGAGCAAGAUGAGAUGAGCGACCUCAAGCGGCAGCUGCAGCAGCAGCAGCAGCAGCAGGUGGACGAGAGGCAGCAGAGCCAGGAGCAGCAGCAGAAACAGCAGGCUGAAGUGAACAAUCUGAAGCAGCAGCUGCAGCAGCAGAAGGAGGAGCUGUCUGGCCUCAAAGAGCAAAUGCAACAGCAGCAGCAGCAACUGCAACAGAAAGAGCAAUUACUGGAGCAGCAGCAGCAACAGCUGCAGCAGAAGGAGCAGCUCCUGGGGCAGCAGCAACAGCAACUGCAGCAGAAGGAGCAGCUACUGGAGCAGCAGCAACAGCAACUGCAGCAGAAGGGGCAGCUACUGGAGCAGCAACAGCAGCGGUUGCAACAACAAGAGCAGCAGCUUCAGCAACGGCAACAAUAUCGAGAGCAGCAGCAAGAUGAGAUUGAUGACCUGAAGCAGAAGCUGCUGCAGCAACAGCAGCAGAUACUGCAGAAAGAGCAGCAGCUGCAGCAAGAGCAGCAGCAGCAGCAGCAGCAACAGGUCGAACUAGAUGACCUGAAGCAGCAGCUGGAGCAACAGCAGCAGCACCUGCAGUACCUGCAGCAGCAGCAGCUGCAGAAGGAGCAACAGCUGCAGCAAGAGCUGCAGCAGAAACAACAACAGCAAGAUGAGAUGGAUGACCUGAAGAAGCAGCUGGAGCAACAGCAGCAGCAGCUGCUGCGGGAGCAGCAGCAGCUUCUGGAAAAGGAGCAGCGGGUAGAGCAGCUGCAGCUGCAGCAAGAGCUGCAGCAAGGCGAAAUAGCCGAUCUGAAGCAGCAGCUGCAGCAGCAGCAGCAGCUGCUGCUGCGGGAACAGCAGCAGCUGCUGGUAAAGGAACAGCAGCUAGAGGAGCAGCAGCAGCAGCAAGAGCUGCAGCAGGACGAAAUAAUUGAUCUGAAGGAGCAGCUGCAGCAACAGCAGCAGCUGCUGGUGCAGAGGGAAGAUGAGCUGCAGCAGCAAGAGGAGCUAAAACGCCAACAGCAAGACGAAUUAAGUGACUUAAAGCAGCAGCUGCAGCAGCAACAGCAGCAGCAACAGGAACAGCAGCAGCACCAGGACAAUGAAAUGUGUUGCCUAAAGCAGAAGCUGCAGCAACAACAACAGGAGCAACAGCAGCAGCAAGGCGAGCUCAGUGACCUUCAGAAGCAGCUACAGGAGCAGCAACAGGAGCUGCAGCAGAAGGAGGAACAGGUGCAGCAGCAACAGCAGCAGCUGCAGCACCAACAGGAGCAGCUGCUGCAACAGCAGCAGCGGCAGGACGAAGUAAAUGGCCUUCAGCAGCAGCUGAAGCAAGAACAGCAGCAGCUGCAGCAGAAGGAGCAGCAGCUGGAGCAGCAGCAACAGCAGCUGCAGGGGGAACGGGAGCAACUGCAGCAGCAAGAGCAGCAGUUGCAACAGCAGCAGCAGCUGCUGCAACAGCAACAGCAGCAGGUACAACAGGAGCAACAGCAGCUGGAGCAGCAGCAGCAACAACUAGAGGAGCAACAGCUGCAGCUCCAACAGAAAGAGCAGCAGCUGCAGCUGCAACAGCAGCAGCAAGAAAAUGCAGACGCUCUCAAGCUGCAGCUGGACGAGCGGUCGCGGGAGCUCGUGCUGCAGAAGGAGGAGCUAAAAAGGAGCAGCAGCGAGUUUGCAGCACAGGCAGCAGCAGCAGCAGCAUCGCAGCAGCAAGUUGCAGCUCUUGAGGGCGAACUGAGGGAGGCCCGUGCUGCUGCUGCUGCUGCAAACGAAUCGCUGGAGCAGCUGCAGCAACAGCACCAGGAGAAGGCGCAGCAGCUCGAAGAGGCACUGAAGGAGCAGCAGCAGCAGAAGCAGUCCCACAAGGAGCUGGAGCAAGAGAUGCUGCAGCUACAGCAGAAAUACGAGCAGCAGCAAGAGCAGCAGCAGCAGCUGCAGCAGCAGCAAACUGCACUGGAGGAAGCCUGGCGUGCAGAGGCCUCUUGGCGCUCGCAGGCAGCAGCAUAUGAGCAGCAAGUUGAUGCUGUCACGCGGGAGCUGCAUCUGCUGCAGCAGCAACUGAAACAGCAGGAGCAGCAGAAGCAGCAGCAGGAGCAGCAGAAGCAGCAGCAGCAGCAAGAGCAGCAAAAGCAGGCUACACCAGAGAGUGAGUCUCUUGCUGAGCUGGAGAUGGCGUUCGCAGUAGGAAGGCCACAAGACCAGCAGCAGCAGCAGCAGCUGAAGCAGCACCCAGCAGCAGCAGGCUCGUCAGCCGUGUUGAUAAUCCCAUUAGGGCCGCCUGCUGAGGUCCGGCAGCAGCAACAGCAGCAGCAGCAGCAGCAGCAGCAGUAG